UGUCGGAAGUGUUCGGCGCAGCUCGGCCGUGGAGGCGGGGCGCGACGCGUGUGGACGGAGCGCUUGACGCUUUUCUCCGCCGGAGACCAGAUGUUCAGAUCCUGCUGUCGUUUUGCGUGACCUCUGCAUGACCUCAACACUUUCCCGCUCUAACGCGUGUCGGCGUGAACCCGAAGAUGCGUCCGGAGUGACGGGAUCCGUCCAGCGCCGAGCACCCCGUCGUCUCCAGCAUGGACUUCCUGCAGAUGAAGCACCUGAAGAGGAAGCGGAAGAGCAACUACAGCGUGAAGGAGACGCAGACUCUGAUCCGAGAGAUCCACAAGCGGCGCGAGAUCCUGUUCUCCCGCCAGCAGAACAUGGCCAUCAACGAGCUGAAGCGGCGGGCGUGGGAGGAGGUGGCGGACAGCGUGAACGCCCUCGGUGAGGGCGAGCUGCGCACGGCGGCCGAGGUCAAGCGGCGGUACCUGGACUGGCGCGCGCUGAUGAAACGGAAGCAGCUCCAGGCCGAGUUGGCGACGGGGUUGAAGCAGGAGUUUGAAGCGUCGUCGCCCGACAACGACGCGUCUCUGGGUGGUGGCGACCAGUCGCUGGACCUCAGCGGCUUUUCCAAAGACUCGUCGUGCGACUGGCAGGACCUGACGGACCUCGGGGAGCCCAGCUCGCACACGCCUGGAGUCAAAAUGGAGGACGAUGAGGCCAGCAGCUACAGAUUGGAGGCGGAGGUUGGUGAAGGUGGUGAGGGUGAAGAAGACGAUGAAGACUGUUUCCCCAUCCUCCCUGAUAUGGACCGCGAGGGCCGGGUUUCUGAGGUCUUCGCUCACAUCGACGAAUUCGGCGUGCUGAGCUCCACGAAGCCUGCGUCGGGCCCGGCCGUGAGUCGAGACCUGGGGCUCGGAGUCGGGAGCGUGUGCGGGAUGGGCGUAGCUGGCCUGGGCCUGACCGGAGGGGAGAACACAAGCCUCCUGGUGGCGCUGGAGAGGCAGAGACUGGACCUGGAGAAGCACCGCUUACAGGUGGAGUCCGAGCGGCUGCAGGUGGAGAAAGAGCGCCUCCUGGUGGAGAAGGAGCGGCUGAGGCAGGGCGAGGUGGAGAGAGAGCGGCUGCAGCUGGAGAAAGAGCGUCUGCAGGUGGAGCGGGAGCGACUGCGACUGCAGCUGCAGCAGAACACGCCCCUCCAGCAGAGCCCCGCCCCCUCUACGUCUGUGGCCACGCCCACCACGUCGUCCUCCGCCCCCUCGUCGUCCUCACUGGACGGGGAGAAGGACAGGAAGAUGGCUUGGCCGACGGCGGUGGAUCUGGAGGCGGAGAAGCUGAAGCUAGAGAAAGAGCGCCUCCUGCUGGAGAAGGAGAGACUGCAGUUCUUCAAGUUUGAGUCGGGGAGACUGCAGAUUGAGAAGGAGCGCCUGCAGGUGGAGAAAGAGAGGCUGCAGCUUCACAAAGAUGGACAACAGAUGGCGCUGCACUCGUGAAGCGCCGUGCGUGUAUAGCUAGGUAGGGAAAGAUUGGGACCGUAGUUAUCCAUUCAUUUUAACGGGGGAAAAAAAUCUGUUUUUUUGUGUGUUUUUUUGCACUUUAAAUAAAGCAAUUCUAUUUCUGUGAGACGUUUGAAAAAGAAAAAAGGCAAGCAAUGAUUGCGAGACAUUUAUAGACAAGACGCACGUGGACUCAGUUUUGAAAAUAUGUUUUUAAAAAUAGAUACUGAAAGAUAAGUGGAUGCCAGGAAUUACCUCA